CAGCAUUGGCCAAGCCCCGACUCUCGCUCUUUCGCCCUCGACCUCGCCUCUUCAGUCUUCUCCUCCACCGCUCGCCACCACUCUCCGUCGCCUGAAAUCGCGGUGUAUUCAAGGUAAAUGGAUUCUGGAUUCCCCAAUUUCCCGUUGAUGCGGGUUGAUUUUUGGCUUUCCUUGCAUUGGUUCUUUAGUCGGCGAGCGUUCAUAUGCCGUGUUGCUUUCUCUACCGACAUUGUGAAUUGGUGAAAUGGUGAUGCUAUGGUGAUUAGUAUGGUCAUUUCGUCUCUAGUUCCUUGGUUCUGCUGCUCUUAUAUGGUAAAGUUCACUGUGUAGUGGGUAGGUUUGCGGGAGAAAUUUGUUAUCUGAUUUGAAGCUCUCAAGGAAGUUUGAGACCUAUUCCAGCUGUUGCAAUGAUAAAAGAUUCUCCUUUUUAGAUUAGUUGAGAUUCAUUUCUGGGUUUUAAUAAAACGUUUUAUGCGUUUUGUUAGGAGUUAUAGCUACUAGUGAUUGAAUGUCGAUUGUUUUUAUAUGAGAACUGAUUCUUUCUAGCAUACCAAGAUUAGGUAUUGUUGGUUGCCCUAGUUCUGAGUCAGUUGGAUUCUGCUUUGGUUACUUGUUCACUCAUGAGUUCUUUGCUUUUGGCUGGAUCUUCAGCUUUUCUUUUUGUGUUCCCCUGAGGCCUGAACUCCCAGCAUCCUGCAGUUUCUGUUUGUUACUUUUUUAUACAUUAGCUCUCACAUGGUGUCAUGAACCGAUUGAAGUCUGUCUGGAACUUAAGAAAGCUUGGAAAUCGAGCAUUGUGGACUAUAAUUGUUUUUUUUGGGUCAAAUUGGCUUAGAUUUUUGUUAGGAUGUUAUGGAUUGAAUCGUAUUUGAUAGAAUGAUCUGCAUGCUUGUCAUAUCCAGGGUUCUGACGUGACAGAGGAAGUUUGUCUGUGUUUUUUUUUUUUUUUUUUUUGUCAUAUCUGUAUCUGCAUAUGCUCCUUUAUAAUGAUCCUGCUGUUUUCUGUAUUUUUCAGUGCUAGGAAUCUUCGAAGUCGUUGGUUGGUGAAGUAGCAAAGAUGAGGAAGUUGAAAUUUCAUGAGAAAAAGCUUCUGAAGAAAGUAAACUUCUUAGAAUGGAAGAGGGAAGGGAACCACAGGGAAGCCCAGGUGAUGCAACGUUACCAUGUUGUCGAGCGUGAUGAUUACAAGAAGUAUUCUGGUUUGUGCCGAAUGGUGCAGAAAUUGGUGAAUAUCCUGAAACAGAUGCAUCCCAAAGAUCCCUAUCGCAUUGAAAUGACUGAUAUGCUUCUGGAGAAGCUGUAUAACAUGGGAGUUAUACCAAGCAGGAAAAGCUUAGCCCUUUGUGACCGCUUGUCCGUCUCUUCCUUCUGCAGACGAAGGCUUGCAACUGUAUUGGUGCGUGCAAAGUUUGCUGAACAUUUGAAAGAAGCCGUGACAUACAUCGAACAAGGCCACGUUCGAGUAGGUCCGGAGACUGUGACCGACCCGGCAUUCCUGGUUACGAGGAACAUGGAGGACUUCAUUACCUGGGUGGACACAUCCAAGAUAAGGAGGAAAGUGCUUCAGUACAACGAUAAAUUGGAUGACUAUGAAGCCAUGAAUUGAUCUCUUACAAUGACAAUAUGAAUAUGAAUGUAGGAAGUGAUCACUGUGUCCCCCGUGCCAAGUCUUGUAACGACCUUGUAAUGGCCAUCAGAGAAGGGAUUGACAUUAUUGUCGCUAUUUCCAAACAGGUUGUUUGGCAGAGAGUUAUGCGAAUUUCAGUGGUUCACCAUCUGGUUCCAUUCUCAACGGUUAAUCUAUGGAUUAGGCCAAAUUACUUUACAAGGAUUAUAGUUUGGAUCAGAAUGGAUAUUUUAUAAAUCUCGGAGCAAAGUAGUUUAUUAGUAUGAACUUGGGUUUUUUUCCAUAAUUGUGAUUUAAAAAAAAAUUACCUGAAAUACAGUGGUUGUAAAAAUAAUUUCCAAUCUAUUGUCAUUAAAACAGAAUUGGGGCGCGCACGCCCCAAUUGGCCUUUAUAGUACACGGAAAACCAAAUUAGGGUGCGCGCGCCUGAAUAAGGUACAAAAAGCUAA